AUGGACUCCAACGCUCAUCCUUCACAAGACCGGCCACCGCGGCCGCCGGCCCCCGCCUCGCCGGACGCCGGCCCCCGCGCCGCCGCGUCCAGCGGCGGCGUCAGCGCGAGCAGCCGGACGCUCGACGGUGCCCUGGGGCUGGCGUUCGUGCAGUACGCGGACGGGCCGCGGCCGGCGGACGAGGAGCUGCAGUGGCGCCGCGACGAGGACCUCGAGGCGGAGAUUCGGCCCCUGACCAAAAGCGAAAAGGAUAAGACGGAGCGCGCCCUGCGUGCCCAGGUGCGUUCCCUGUGGAAACGCCCCUGCCGCACGUUCCGCGGGGACCGCGCAGGCGCCGCCGCCUUCCGGUCAAACGUGCAGAUCGCCACUGAGGAGAUGCUGUCCUCGAGGUUCUUCCCCAGAGACCCUGCCGCCAGCGGCGCGGGCUACCGCUGCUGGGUGGACGGCAAGGACGGGGGGGAGGUGCGGGUUUUCCUGCGGACCUACAAUGAGCGCCGCAGCACGUGGGAAGUCUCGCCUGCGUCUUUGGACGAGGUGGCUAGGAAGAUCAUCCACAACGCUGAGGCGCGGGUGCGCUCGCGCCCGUAG